AUGCCCAACCCUCCUCACCAGGCCCACAACCCGCAAGUGGUGGAGCUUGACGCCUCAGCCCCCAUCGAAGAGAUCGUCAAAGUAAUCCAACGCGAUGGAGGAAUUAUUAUCAAGAAUUUCUUGAGCCCUGAGGUAAUCGACCAAAUCCACGCUGAGGCCCAGCCCUACUGGGGCAAGCUUGGAAAGUAUGUCGGUAAGCUGUUUGAUGCGGCGGAUCCUCCUCUCAGUGGCUUUGCUGGCAAAUCGUCUACCUUUGCUCAUAAGGCAAUCAAUCACCCCACCUGGCGAGAAGUGUCCAAGGCUCUUUUAAAGGAAGAAUCCAACGUGUAUCACGAUGGAAAGAGAUAUGAUACAGUCUCAUACCCAGUGCUAGCUGUUUCCGAGGCAUUCAACCGCGGAUCGCCUUCCACGGCUCAGCAGCUCCAUCGCGAUGAUAUGGCACAGCAUUUCGAUCACCUUGAGGGCAGUGGACAGAGUUCAUUGCUAGGCCUUCUAGUUGCCGGUGUUGAUACCGACUUCGAAAACGGUGCGACACAAGUUAUUGUCGGCUCCCACAAGUGGCCCGAGGCCGCCAUCUCCGGUGCCGCCGACCGAUCUCUUUGCUCCACUUGCGAAAUGAAGAAAGGUGACGCGGUAUUCAUCAUUGGAAGCAUCUGGCAUGGUGCUGGCGAGAAUAAGACGAACCCCCCGGAGCGCCGUAUCAUUUACUCCUGCCAUAUGACUCGUGGCUCGAUGCGAGCCGACGAAAAUCAAUACUUGGCCAUCGACUCGGAUUUGCUUCAAACAUAUGAGCCUGAAGUUCAGGCUCUGAUUGGUUAUUCCGUCAGCCACCCGAAUUGCGGCCAUGUGGAUGGGAAGGAUCCUAUCAUGCUACUUGGAAGCAAGGAAGAUCCCUUUGGAUAUGGAAGCUUCGGUGGUCAGCUUGCAGUUGCAGCGAGUGGUGUCUGA